UCAAUACAGAGUUUUUUGAUUGCACGUGGGGCAAAUCAGAUGUAACAUUUGACUCAACACACAAGUUACCUACAUAACAAAAAUGUAUCCAAAUAGUUGAAGAGGUUUUUUUGAGUAAUGACCCCUGGUGACCCAGCAGUACAUAAAGUACUUUAAUUCUGUCACAGUCAGAGUGUGUGUGUGUGUAUGUGUGUGUGUGUGUGUGUGUGUGUGUGUGUGCAGACUUGGUGAACAUGGGGUUAAGUUUCCCUCCUCUCCUGUGCCGAUGAGCGUUGAUCCCUCAUAAUGGGAUGUGCCACCGAGUCGCUCUGCUGCUCUAAGCUGCAGCAGGUCAACAUAUUCACAGAAAGAGAGAGAGAGAGAGAGAGAGAGAGAGAGAGAGAGAGAGAGAGAGAGAGAGAGAGAGAGAGAGAGAGAGGGAGAGAGAGAGAGAGAGAGGCGGGUCUAUCUGCAGAGAGACAGAUGAGAGCUGUGGACUCUCAGCGGUCGUGAUUUCAUCGAUGAGGAGCUGACUACUGACCAGCCUCAGACUCGCGCAGAGACACACAGACAGACAGACAUGGUGACACGUGGAUAUUUGUGUUUGAGAGGAUCCACCCGCGGCCACCGGCUGGAUUAACCCGCUCUGUGCGUCGCAUGCGUCGGCAUCCCGGCUCUCCUUCUCUCUCACUCCGGCGAUGCGCUCUUUAAAGGAAACCGAGACAUCCGGAAAAACGCAUCCAUGCGCCAACACGACUAGUCCGCAUCCCGACAUGCCUCUGACAACACAAAGCCUGUCUUCAAGGAGCUCCCAGCAGCAGCAGAAGAAGAAACCAGCGCACAUGCACAUCGGCAUGGGUGCGUCAACGCGGUUAUCUCGCUCUGUGGCGUUCUGGAACGCGGUUGCUUAGCAAUGAGACAAUCUGGGAUCAUUAAGUAAGACUUGUAUUAUUGAUAUAUAACUCGACGACAUGGCUGAUCAGAGCAACAUCCAGUCCUCCGCCUCCAAGAGCAUCCGGCCUUUUAAAUCCAGCGAGGAGUACCUGUACGCCAUGAAGGAGGAUCUGGCGGAGUGGUUGAACACCCUGUAUGAUCUGGAUGUGAUCGCAGACUCCUUCAUGGACGGGUUAGGUUCCGGCUGUGCUCUCUGUCGCCAUGCCAACAACGUGAACCGCGCCGCGCAGGACUUCCAGCUGGAGCACCCGGAGGCUGCGAGCUCCAUGAAGGUGCCGUCCAAAGAUGUCGUCUUCCAGUCUCGCAAUGUGGUGCCCGGCUCCUUCCUGGCGCGGGAUAACGUGUCCAACUUCAUCAGCUGGUGCCGGCAGGAGCUGUGGAUUAAAGACGUGCUCAUGUUCGAGACCAACGACCUGGUGGAGAGGUGCAACGAGAAGAACUUCGUGCUGUGUCUGCUGGAGGUGGCGCGACGCGGCUCCAAGUUUGGCAUGUUGGCGCCCAUGUUGAUCCAGCUGGAGGAGGAGAUCGAGGAGGAGAUCCGGGACCAGGAGAGCUCGAGGAUCGAUGAUGCUGGGGAGUCGGUGGUGGUGGAGCAGCAGCCGCAGCAGCAGAAGAGUCCAGCACCCAGCAGGCUGUGCUUCAGCCGGCAGAAGGAGAGCAGCAGCAGCCAGCAGCAGAGUAGUGUGGAGGAUGAUGAAGAGGAGCCAGAGCCAGAGCCCUUCGUCUGGCCGCAGAAGAGGGUGUUAUGUGACAUGCGAAAUCUGGAUGAAUUGGUGCGUGAGAUCCUGGGCCGGUGUUCCUGUCCAGCUCAGUUUCCUAUGAUAAAGGUGUCGGAGGGGAAGUACAAAGUUGGAGACUCCAGUGCAUUGAUCUUUAUACGGGUCCUUCGUACCCAUGUGAUGGUGCGUGUUGGAGGGGGCUGGGACACAUUAGAGCACUAUUUGGACAAGCAUGACCCGUGUCGCUGCGCUGCUUUCGCCCACCGCUACCACCAGGCUAAAGCCAGCGGCCAAGGUCAGGGCGGCCAUAGCAAGUCCUCGAGCGCCCACUCCUCCCGCUCCACCAGCCCAGGCCCACACUGGCGAAACGAUGGCAUCGCACCUUACAAACCACCUGACAGGCGCUCCUUGGAGCCCCCCUCCGCUCCGUGUGCCUCCUCUUCCUCCUCAACGCGGUCCGGCCGCUCUCAGAACCCCUCCGCCCCCACCGAGCUGGACUCCGGUGCAGCACGCAAUCUGCUCCCGCGGCCGCCACGAGACCGCUCAGAACCCCGCCACUUUAAUCCUCUCAGGAAUAAGGACACAAAGUUGCCAGUGACAAGACGUCUAUCUGGAGACAGUGACUCCUCUACAACCUCCUCUAAGGGAGGAGGAGGAGGAGGAGGAGGAGGAGGGGGACGUCUUUCUCUGGGUGGUGCCUCACGGCGCUCUGGUGAUGAGGUAGUCCUGAUGGUCAAUCGCAAGGAGGGGAAGCAUGUGAUUGAGAGGCCCGGAGCUGGAGAUAAGACCCCAUCCCUGCGUACCUCACUGCCCCGCGCACGCAGCCAGUCUCGGGAACGUGCCGCUCUCGCUCCAAUACUGAAACCGAACCCGCCACAAGGAUCCGCCGAUGGAUCGCGAACAUCCCGUACAGAGAGAGGCCGCUCCCUCGGAAACGAGGGCCCGAGGAGGCUCCAUGCUCCGCGUUCCCAGAGCCAGACUAAGUUAACUAGCCGUACUCGGUCCGGUGACGCCAGCCCGGGACCCGCUUCCUGCUACAGAGACCCUCAGCCCCCACCCCCAGACAGACGAGACGACCUUCGUGCAAAACAACUGCCCCCAGCCUCUCCCAGAAUAGGUGGUGGGUUCACCAAGAGGUCGUCCUCAUGCUCUAACUCACCUGUUAAAGGGGUCCAGAACAACAACAGCAGCCCCAGCAAAAAGACUAUAACUACCCCCAGACCUCCUGCCCCUCGUUCACCCUCCCUAGGAAAAAGCAGACUUCUGCCGCCAGUCGGAGGUCGACGUUCGCCUCACUCAACUCCCCGCAACUCUCACCAUCACGCUGCCCGCUCCCCUCGGACGUCACAGGGCCCUCGCUCUGCUGGGCGAGGCCACCAUAGGAACUGGUCUGGCCUGGAGCGCCAGCAGCCCGAGGCGGAAGGACCGGGCCUCGGCUUCCAGAUGCUGCCAACGCUAGACCCUGAGAAGGAGCAGGACCUAUAUCGCAGCUUUGAGGCUGAGUUUCUGGCCAAUACCCAGAAUGCUAGAGGAGUGUCUUGUAGAGUGCCAGGAGGAGCGACGCUGCAAGGAGCUGGGACACAUCCAGUGCCAGCUGAUCCUAACGUCACUGACUCUGCCUACUCCUCCUCUAACUCCUCCAACUCCUCCCUGAAUGUGGGAGCAAAGAUAGGAGCUCUGCCUGACCUCAGGGAAUCCAAGAGAACUAAUCCCCGUCACUUCCCACUGGAGGACCCCUUAAAUUUACUUUAUGGACACAAUUCUGGAGGACCACACAACUUUGGUCAAGGAGAGCCUGAGCACUGGGGGGAGCGUGGAGGGGGUCUCAAGAAGCUCCCAGCCAUCUGUAGCUCCAUCGAGGAGAGGGUACCUCCAUCUUCUCUGCCUGGUCUUGUAGACACAGAUAGUCUGAUGAAUCAGGUCCCCUCACAGCCUGCGUUCCCCUGUAGGAAUUUGAAUGGAGACCAUGGAGGUUGUCCUCCCACAGGGGGGCUGACAGGUCAGCAGGAUCAGCUCGGCUGGGGCACAGGGCCUGAAGGAGAUGUUCCUCUGGAGAAUCACCAGCCUAACUUACCUUACGACCUAGAAAACGGUGACGGCAGCGAUGACCUCCCGCCCCCGGAGGCUUGUCCGUCACCCGUACCCCUUCCCCCCUCUGAGGACUGCUCCUUCCAGGAUUCUUCGAGUGAAACCUCCUCCAUGUGCUUCAGCCUGAGCGAAUCACGCUCAGAAACGCCCCCACCGUCUUCGCCCCUGGCCAACGGGGACACUAACGGAGAAGGGCCGCAGACUAAGAAAGGGCAAAAGAAGACAGACAGCGUUGCCCCUGUCUCUAAGCACAAACUGAGAGGCAAGAUGAGGCCUCGCACUGACAACAGGCCAGAAAACAGCCCCUCACGUAUCCCCACACCGGUCAGCUACAGAGAUCUACAGGCUCACGAUACGUUUUCCCCGAACCACACCCCACCGAUGUCCCCUCAGAGCUCGCGCUCUACCGGUCGUCCAGCCACAUGCAAGGGCCUGCACCAGGCCUUCGCCGAUAUGAUCCAUCCUCAACCACGUUGCCCAGCCAUGGGCAACAAAGAUUGCUCCUACCCUGGACAGUCAGGGAGCCUGGACACUGAAGCUUGGAUGUAGCACAGAUGACACCGGGGGGUUGUUGUCAUGAACUUUGACUACUGUGUAAAAAGACUUGAGAUUGGGCUAUAGACUGUUUUCAUUGCAUGUCUAACACUCCUUCUUUUUCACUUAGUUUCUCCCCUGCAGGGGGCUCACGUUGCUUUUAUGUUGCACUCAAGCCAAAUUAUUUAUUACCAAAGGAAUGGUCUUUAAUAUUACUUUUACUGUAAUUUUAAUGUGUGCAUGGGGAUGCUUUUGCCAAUCAUAAGGUGUUUUUUUUUGUGUGAAAUUCUCAUGGUUGAUACAGAGAGAUCGAGAGAGAGCAUAUGUGCUGCCAUGUGCCCCGCUGAGGGGCAUGGUGAAGUGCCAGGGAUUUAAAGCUGCAACUCUAUAAACAGUGUAAACACUAAACCUUUAGUCAGAUGGAUUGGCUCCCUCUUGUGGUUUGCCACAGCAUCUCUGCUUGCCUUGUUAGUCAAAGUACUGGUAUGAUGACUGUGAUAUGUUCAGUCUCUCCACAUUAGUGGUCUUCAUAUAUACUCACAUUUACAAUAUACUAAUAGGUAACAUAGACAAAGGUUCCCACAUCAUUCCUCUGACUUUAUGGACACUACAUGCACUACCAAUCUCUGUACAGUUGUAUGUUGUUAUUAAUGUCACCUCUUCACAACAACUGAUGUAGUCGAGAUAGUUUUAAAAUGCUUAAUGUGUUACAGGUUUUAAAUAUUAUGUUAAAUGCAGUAAAACAUUUUAACUUUAUUUGUACUUUUAAGUGGAUUAAUUGUAAAAAAAAAAAUAAAAAUACAAGGAGGUUGUGUCAUUGCCACUGAAACAGAAAUGUUGGGAGCUCCUCCUCUGACCAAACUGUACUCUGGAAUACAACACUACACAUAAAUACAAAAGUCAUAGGUUAGGAGAAUGAAUGUGUAAAUACAUGUUGAUGUGCUCACUAACAGACGUGGGUAUUUUGUAUAUAAAAGGCAUUGAAUAAUAUACAGAUUAAUGUACAUAUUCACUGUAAUCAGUUCUGUGCUGCCUUAGCUAUGCAAUGUUGGUGUUGGUGAAAUGCCUUGACGAUUCCCUUUGCCUUAAAAAUGUAUUAGCAGGUUAGUUUUUGAAUGUUUUUGCUCACUAAGAUCUAUUCGGUAACACUACAUUGCCAUCAUUAACUGUUUAUGAUAAUAGAAAUUGGAGAGUUUAAGUGUGGAAUUAAGUAAGGAAUAUUGCCAAUUUUAAUCUUACAUUAUAAUUGAUGUAGGUGUACAAUUCAUGAUAAAGAUGUAUAAUUUAUUGCCUCUGAAUCCUAUUAGUUGUUUUGAAAUACAAGAAGCCAGAUAACCUACUUAGCAACGAAACAACACGAUCUGUGGUGACAUCUAGUGGCUAAAGAAAGACAUGUUUUAUUCACAGUAAAAAGAGAUUCUGUUUUCUUUUUUUGGUAUGACAUGUUCUGAUGCGAAUUAGAGCCAAUAACAAUGGAAUAAUGAGGGGAUGUUUGAUGGAUGAAGAAUGACUUUGACUUGAGUGUCUGAAUGUGUGCAACAGUGCAUGAAUAAUAGAUGCUGUAACUGGAUAUUAGCGCUCUCUUGUAUGAGAGGCCACACCCCAGCGACAGUACUUCUGUUUUUUGGUAUUACACAGGUGUGGACUUUGUAAAAUAUAUUUGAAAGUGGGAAAAGUUUGACUUGUUGUCAAUUAAGAGAAGUUUGUUUUUGAUGUGUUUACAAUGGUUUUGAUAAAUCUCUCCCAGAGCAGAGAUUGUGGCGACAAUGUCAGUAAAAGAAGAAGCAACAUUUGUGGAUAACAUCUUUUUGCAGAGCACUGACACAGUAAAUGGAAAAAAAAGAGAGGAGUGUGCAUAUAUUUGUGUACAUACGGUAUGAGAAUAUGUACAGAGUUGGAGUGAAGAGGGGAGUGAUGUAGGUCUAAUUUAUUUAUUUAUGAAAUCAAGUCUCACUGGGCUCAAGUGACAUCUGUGUCCCAAGUGCUGUUAAAUGAGUGUUUAGGGCCCACUGAUGGACAAACAUCAGGCAUUUAAAGUUUAUUUUCUCAACAAGUAAAGAGACAUAAUCCAUUAGCAAUAUUGCCAGUUUAAAAACUGGUGUGAAACAGACAAACUAAACAUAUUCGGUCUCUUUUAUAUUCAGAGAUAUUAAUUAAGUAAUUUGAUUUAAUGCAACCUCUUCAUUGCUACAAAAUAAUGUAUGACGUGUCAGUAUUGUUAGAGCUACAUACGUAGCUGGUUAUCAUUUUCACCUGUAUAAACAGAGUUUUACAUUCAAUCUAAUUGUUUUAAAUUGAAAUUAGUUUCGGCUUAUUUGAAGACAUUUGCAUUUUGAUCAACUGGUGUUUAAAAUCAACCAGUUAUGUGAACUGUGACUUCAUGCAAACAUUUCGUUAUCAAUCACAGAAAGAGUGAUUGUCCUCAUAAUCUUGCACAACUUUGCAAAUUUCAUGAAUCUCUCUCUCUCCUUCUCUCUUUCCCUAAUCAGCGAAAUCUGAAUGUUCAUGAUUUGACAAUUUCUCGUCUGCUAAUGUUAUUUUCACUAAAACUUGUGUUAAAUGUACAGAUUGCUUGACAUUGUGGAACUUGUAUGUAUGAAAUAGCAAUACUGCAACAUUUCACAGUUUUUUUGAAGUUGAAAAUGCUGUCAAGUUGUUCUUGUAAUAAAUAUUUUCCUCUGAAGUUUGUGAAUUAUCUCUGAUCAAUUUUUCAUUUAGGUUUUGGCCACACACAGCGGUGUGCAGAACCGACAGGGUUUGGAUUUGGAUGAAGUUGUGAAGUGCCUGUUUGAGAAAUCCAAAAUGUGAACAUGGAUAAUGACAAUAGUAUUCUUCAUGCACAAUGUGAUUUACUAACUUUUUGUACAUUAAUUUUUGUUGUAUAAGAUGCAAGACACUGUGUGUAAUCCCCCCAUUUGUCCAGUUGACUAAUAUCUGAUGAUCUCUUUGUGCAGAUUUUGCUCCCAGAAGUGAAAAAAUGCAACAAAACUGAAUGCCCUAUACGAUGCCGUGUCUUGGAGUAUGUGCAGAAUGGGAAUACUGAAUACUGUUUUCCUUAAAAAUCAUCAUCUCCCCAUUUGUUGGGAAGAUAAUGCAAUUUUUAGUGAUUUGACCUAUACUUAGACAGUUUAUUUGGUAAAAUAACCAAAUUAAAAUGAAUGUUGUCUAAUGCAACAAUCAUA